GGUUCGAGAAACCGGUGGCGUCGGUGCGUAUUCUCGCUCGUCUUUCGCUAACAGUCGGAGCAAUGAACGAGGCACGUGUUCCGGCGGAAACCACCACCUUCAUGACUGAUUUUCUGAGACAGUGCGGCGGCUACGGCGUUAUAGACGGCGGCUUGGCCACUGAACUGGAACGGCAUGGCGCCGAUCUUAACGAUCCUCUCUGGAGCGCUAAAUGCCUCGUCAGUUCCCCUCACAUCGUCCGACGGGUACAUUUAGACUACCUUGAUGCUGGUGCCAAUAUCAUUACCACAGCAUCUUAUCAGGCAACAAUCCUGGGUUUUGAGGCUAAAGGAUUUUCUAGAGAUGAAAGUGAAGAAUUGCUAAGAAAAAGUGUUGAAAUUGCUCUUGAAGCUCGUGAGAUCUAUCUUGAACGAUGUACAAAGGAUUCUUGGGAUUGGACUGCAAGUGAAAGGAGCUCGACGAGGCUGAUUCUUGUAGCCGCCUCGGUCGGCAGCUACGGAGCUUAUUUGGCUGAUGGGUCUGAAUACAGUGGGAAGUAUGGUGAUUCAGUUACUUUAGAAACACUGAAAGAUUUUCACAGGAGAAGGGUGCAGAUUUUGGCCAAUGCAGGUGCUGACUUGAUCGCGUUCGAGACGAUUCCGAACAAGUUGGAAGCUCAAGCAUAUGCUGAGCUUCUUGAUGAAGAGGGCAUUGAAAUUCCUGCUUGGUUUUCUUUCAACUCCAAGGAUGGAAUCAAUGCGGUGAGUGGGGAUUCUAUAACUGAUUGUGCCUCCAUUGCAGAUGCUUCGAAGCAAGUUGUUGCUGUGGGAAUCAACUGUACUCCUCCCAGAUAUAUUCAUGGACUAAUCUCGUUGAUUCGGGAGGUCACUAACAAACCCAUUGUGAUUUAUCCAAACAGCGGGGAGACAUAUGAUGGUGAAACCAAACAGUGGUUGCAAUCCGAUGGAAUGACAGGGGAAGACUUCGUAUCAUAUGUAAGUAAGUGGAAGGAAGCAGGAGCCUCUCUGUUUGGCGGAUGCUGCCGCACCACUCCAAACACAAUCCAAGGCAUAGCAAAAGCGCUUUCUUCUAAAGCCUUUUGAGCCGUUUCCCCUUAUUAACAAGCUUGAGAUACAUCCAUGUCUAUGAUAAAUGAUGAAGUUCCCACAAGCGUUUUCAUGAUGCAAUAAUUUGAAACUGAUAGUGAUUGAUGGUUUCAUUUCUAGCCACCAAUUGCAAGUCCUAAGCCCAGAAAGGAACAUGAGUAGCCCAUAUGCUUGAAGACGAUAGCAACCAGUACAAGUCUCAAGUCUUUGAGUGGGGAUUAAGAUAUACCAAUCUUGUGCUGCUCCCACUUUUGACUGCCUGAUUAAAUCCUUUGGAUUUGGCUUUAGAUUCUCUAGGAGGGAAAUAGGAGCUUAUGUUGUUGGGUUCUGUAACAAAUAUCAUUGAUGGCUAAGUCUGGUUGUCUUAUUGGGUAGAGCCACGAGGCUUCCAUCUAUGUUUGAAUCUUCUCUUUUUUCAUGUAAUGUAUCAAAUAAGUAACAAAGAACUAAUUUCUA